GGCGAUCUUAUCCACACCGUUUGCUUACACCCUAAGCUAAGCCCCAAUGAAAUCCCCACCUCUCUCUGCCUUUCCUCUCGAAUGCAUUUCAUCGAGCACCUUGUGUGCGUGCCUCCAUAGCCAUUGCUUGAAGCCGGAGCCGGUGCUGACGACCGCGGGAGCUGUGGCUUCGGGAUGCCUCUGCUGCUGCUGCUACCUUGGAUCAACUCCGGGUGCCGUUGUGACCUGAGGACCUGCGGUCGUACACCUGCGCGCUCGCCGCCGUCGUCCACCUCUGCUUCACUGCCGUCUCCCCACCACGGCAUCGAACAUCGCCGUUUCGCUGCCUCUCGUACGACAAUGACAUAUCAUUAUUAAUCGGUCUGUACUGUCGGAUGGCUACAUGAACAAAGGACGAUAAGAUUUUUUUUUGGCCAAAUCGUUCCAAGUCGCAGGACGAACUGCAUAUGUUGCUGUACAAAUCAAGCCUCUCCAGAUGCCGUGGAACGUUUGAUAUUUGUACUCCAAAUCGAAUUCGAAGCCGCCAAUAUAAUGCCACACCAACACGGCAACGCCUCCACUUCUAUACGGAGAUCGUCGUCGAUCGGCAAACCGAGGUGAAGCCGACGAAAUGGAGAGCGAGGUGUGUUGGCUGCUAUGCGCAGCGCUCGCCGCCGCGAUGGCUUGCUACUACCUCACCGGCACGAUGCGCCGCCGAUCGCGGCGGCUGCCUCCUGGCCCGACGCCGCUCCCGGUGAUCGGCAACGUGCUCAGCCUGCGCGGCAACAUGCACCACGCUCUGGCGCGCCUCGCCGGCGAGCACGGCCCCGUGAUGGCGCUGAAGCUGGGCCUCGUCACCACCGUGGUCGUCUCGUCGGCCGGCGCGGCGAGGGAGGCGUUCACCAAGCACGACCGGCGCCUCGCGGCGCGCGCGGUGCCGGACACUACCCGCGCGCGCGGGUUCGCCAGCCGGUCCAUGAUAUGGCUGCCGAGCUCCGACCCGCGCUGGAAGACGCUGCGCGGCGUGGCGGCCACCCACGUCUUCUCCCCGCGGAGCCUCGCCGCGGCGCGCGGCGUCCGGGAGCGCAAGGUGCGGGACAUCGUCGGCCACCUCGCCGGGCACGCCGGGGAGGUGGUCGACGUCGGCAAGGUCGUGUACGGUGGCGUGCUCAACCUCCGCCGGCUCGACCUGCAGGGAUGGCGUCGCUGGGCGGAGAAGCGCUACGACAAGGUGUUCGGCAUCUUCGACAGCGUAAUCAACAGCCGCUUGGCCGACGCCUCGACCGGAAAGCACGCCGACGCCGGCGCAGGCGACUUCCUGGACUCCCUCCUCGACCUCAUGUCCGCCGGCACGAUCGCUCGCGACGACGUGACAAGCAUAAUGUACGACUUGUUCGGCGCCGGGACCGACACGAUCGCCAUCACGGUGGAGUGGGCGAUGGCGGAACUGCUCCGCAACCCGAGCGUAAUGGCCAAGGCGCGCGCCGAGAUGAACCACGUCCUCGCCGGCAAGGUGAAAGCCACGGAGAUGGAGGAGAACGACGUAGAGAAGCUGCCGUACCUCCAGGCCGUGGUGAAGGAGGUGAUGCGCCUGCACCCGGCGGCGCCGAUCCUCGUGCCGCACCGGGCGGAGGAGGACGACGCGGAGAUCGGGGGCUACGCCGUGCCCAAGGGCUCGACGGUAAUCUUCAACGUGUGGGCGAUCAUGCGUGAUCCGGUGGCGUGGGAGAGGCCCGAGGAGUUCAUGCCAGAGAGGUUCUUGGACAUGGCGGAGGAGGUGGAUUUCAGGGGAAAAGACCACAAGUUCAUGCCGUUCGGGACCGGAAGGAGGCUGUGCCCGGGGUUGUCGAUGGCAAAGCGCGUCGUGCCAUUCAUUUUGGCGUCGCUGCUUCACGCGUUCGAGUGGAGGCUCCCUGCUGGUGUGACAGCGGAGGCUUUGGAUCUUAGCGAGAAGUUUACUACUGUCAAUGUUCUUGUUACUCCAAUUAAGGCCAUCCCCAUACUUGCCUCUGAUCAAAUUUAAGUGAAAUUGUUGCAACUUAAUUUGAAGGCAGCGCUAGCUAUGCAUAUUGGUGUUAAUAUGUUAAAUUUGGGAUAUCACCAUGUACAUACACAUACACCGGCGAGAAUACCGCAUAUCAGUUCUUGUAUUAUGGAGAUAAAUUCUCAAAUAGGGAUAAGGUCUUGAGCAGAUAAGGGAGUUACCUAUUCAAGGCGGUAUCCAUAAUGGUUCCUGUAUUCUUGUUGGAUUUGAGGGCAUCGAUUGUUUAAUAAUUUGUUUGGAAUUUCAUAUGCACAAAUCUUCUAUAUCAGAAGUUCUUGUGUACAAAGUUUAUACA